GAAAUCUCAAACGAGCUUCGGCCAUCCUGUCUUGUUCCUGCGGAGAGCGUCGCGCACGGAAGGGAAGGAUUUCCAUGGAUUUGCUGAAGCGCGAGCUCCAGAAGAAGAGGCAGAGCCUGGAAAACGACUUCGGCGGCCGAAAACUCCUCAAGCGAUCCGAAAUCGAGCAGAAGAUGAUCCAAAAGCUCCGCGAGGAGGAGCAGCGCCAGCUCCAAUCCAAAGCUCUCCGCUCCUCCUUCCCCUCCGCCCCAAACCCUAGCCACCAAUCCUCCCUCCCUCCCUCCCUCUGCUCCAAUAAGCCCCUCUCUGAGGAGCGGAGGAUCGACGACCUCGACCUGCCCCGGCACGAGGUCAUCCGCCGCCUUCGCAUUCUCAAGCAGCCCGUCACCCUCUUCGGCGAGGACGACGAGGCCCGCCUUCGCCGCCUCAAGGUCACCCUCAACUCCGGUCCUCUCGAGAUCGACGAUACUGACAUGACCGAGGGUCAGACCAACGACUUCCUCCGCGACAUCUACGAGCUUCGGAGGCGCCAGAAGAUAGGGAUCCUCCACGACCGGGCCAAGCCCAAGAUGGAAGAUGGCGAGAGGACGGAGGGCAGCGGUACGGCCGACGGUGGCGCUGCUGAUAAUGAGGUCAGUGGGGAUGGGGGUUCAUCUGGGGUGGAUGUCGACAAGGAUUUGAAGAGAAUGAAGGCUGAUUUCUUGGAUCUCUGCGACGAGGAUAAGAUUCUUGUGUUCUUCAAGAGGCUGCUCAAUGAGUGGAACCAGGAGCUGGAGGAGAUGCCGGAGGCCGAGAAGAGGACGGCCAAGGGGAAGUUCAUGGUCGCUACGUUUAACCAGUGUGCGCGAUAUUUGAAUCCACUUUUCAAGAUGUGCAGGAAAAAGACCCUUUCAGAUGACAUCCGUCGAGGAUUGCUGGUGGUCGUUGAGUGUUGUAUGAAACGAGAUUAUUUAGCUGCUAUGGACCAAUACAUUAAGCUGGCCAUUGGAAAUGCGCCAUGGCCUAUUGGUGUGACCAUGGUUGGCAUUCAUGAACGUUCAGCCCGAGAGAAGAUUUACACAAACAGUGUGGCUCACAUCAUGAAUGAUGAGACAACUCGGAAGUACCUGCAGUCAGUGAAAAGGCUUAUGACAUUUUGCCAGCGGCGUUAUCCAGCAGAUCCAUCGAGAUCAGUGGAAUUCGAUAGCUUGGCAAAUAGGAGCGACCUACAAUCAUUCAUGGCAGAGGAAAAGGCAGCUAAAAGCUCAGCUUCUGAAGAAAGACUGCGGUUAGUGUCAGCAGCACACUAGUUCUCAUUUCAGGUGUCGAACUGCUGCUACUUGAUGGUGUCCAAAUGAUACUUUAAAUGUCACAAGCAUGUCCUCUUGAGGUGUUCUUUCUUGCUGUGUGGUUGUGUCAAAGUGUUCAGGCUUGUUCUAAUUUAGCUCUGGGUGAUCGUAGCAUCAGAUUUGUCUGAUUAAAGAGUAGAUGCCCGCCCUCCUGUACCAAGGACAAGCAUUUGAUCGUAAAACAUUAUUCUUCCCACA